AUGAACGCCCCAGAUCGGUUCGAGCUAUUCAUCCUUCCCGAUGGAGUGCCAAAGCUUCAGAUCACACCGGACUCGAAAGUGCCGAGCUGUGUGCUCAUAAAGUUCGAGAGAGAGGACCACACGCUGGGCAACUUAUUAAAACAAGAACUCGCCAACGACCCACAGGUGCUCUUUGUGGCCUACAAAGUGGAACAUCCUUUGUUUGCCAACUUUGUGAUGAGAUUGCAAACAGAAGAAGGUUACAAACCUCGGAUUGCUCUUAAGAACGCAUGCACUAGACUGAUCUCGAAACUGGGCAUUCUCAAUGACAAAUUCAAACGCGAGUGGGAGCUGAAGGCCUUGCUUGCCGAGGGCGAGUCGGACGACAUAUAA